AUGGCAUCUCUGACGGAUAUCGACCCCUAUGCUGUCCUAGAUGUGGCCAAGGAUGCAAAUCUUGGAGAGAUCAGAAUUGCGCAUCGCAAGAAAGUACUCAAAUGCCAUCCGGACAAAAUCCAGGACGAAUCGCAGCGGAAAGUAACCGAAGAUCUAUUCUAUCGAGUUCAGCAAGCCUACAGCAUUCUUUCCGACGAAACAGAACGUGCCCGCUACGAUCAGCUAGUCAAACAAGCACAGAUUAUUCGAGAGCAGGCCUUGCACAGACAGAAUGAGGCGGCCUCUCCGCGCGACGUUCCGCACGACGUUCAUCAUGAGGCCCGUGUGGCACUCCAAGCGCUAUUCGGAGGAGCCAGUGUUCGCCAUCAGGAGCGGCAGGAACUUCCUCGAGGCAUCAAAUCAAACUUUUGGCCCCGAAUGGACCCCGAUGACGGCGCAUCCCACUCGGACAGUAGUACGGAUGCGAUCAUUUUCAGUCGAAGGCGAGCUCCUCGGCAGCCGUCCCCUCGCCGGUCUGAGAAAACACGACAGACCGAGGGUGCUUCUCGACGCGAUCGUUAUUCUGACGACCCCGAAGCCUCGCACUCGCGGCGCUACAUGUAUGCCACUGAGGUAGAUCACGAUACCCGCUGGCCGCGUUCCCCGCGGCUCAACCAUGGUUCUGGUUCUCAAGGGGAGCAGCCAGGAACAAGGCCGUCGCAACAGGGACCGUCCUCGACAACGAUUAAAAAGGAAGAAUUUAUGGAAUUCUUUCUGGGCCUUUUGGAAGAAGUAUGUCUGAUUCCGAGUAGUCUAGAAUGCUCAAGAGACCAGAAGACUGCAUCAUCCUUGCCAGAUGGAGUUGAUCAAUUUGCAAACAUUGAGGAGCAGAUCAAGGAGCGUAAUAAAGCAGUGAAGGAUGCAAAAGCAGACGCGAUUCCCGCACCCCCUCCUCCUCUCCCAGAGUCAAGCCUAGAGCCCGCCGGGAAAGGCUCAUCAGAAAGCCCGCCCGCGAAAGAGAAGCUCUAUGUAGUCCCACCAGAGCAAUUGAAUCUCGAAGUAAUGUAUUCCAAGCCUGACGCUGAGCGUGUCGAUAUCGUGGCUGUCCAUGGCCUGGGUGCCAUACCGGACAUCACCUGGAGAGAAAAGGAGUCGGGAAUUAAUUGGCUAGCAGAUGAGAAAAUGUUACCCGCAGCGGCUCCAAAGGCUCGAAUUCUACGAUUUGGAUACGAUUCACUCUGGAUGGGGGAUACUCCCAUCCGGACAACCUUGUCGACAAUCUCGACCAAGCUUCUUCUCUGUCUCAACAUGAUCCGUGCGGCAAGUUAUCUGGCUAGACAUGAUUAA